GCAGAGUGGUCAAUGUGUCUAGCAUAAUGAGCUUGGUAGCUCUUAAGAACUGCGGCCCAGAACUGCAGCAGAAGUUCAGAAGUGAAACCAUCACAGAGGAGGAGCUGGUGGAGCUCAUGAACAAGUUUGUAGAAGACGUAAAGAACAGAGUGCACCAAAACGAGGGCUGGCCUGAUAUGCAAAUACUUACAUAUGGAGUGUCAAAGAUGGGUGUCACCGUCCUGUCCAGAAUCCAUGCCAGGAAACUGAGUGAGCAGAGGAGGGGAGACAGGAUCCUCCUGAAUGCCUGCUGCCCUGGGUGGGUGAGAACAGCCAUGGGUGGACCUACAGCCAUUAAAAGCCCAGAAGAAGGAGCAGAGACUCCCGUCUACUUGGCCCUUUUGCCCCCGGAUGCCAAGGAGCCUCACGGGGAGUUUGUUAUGGAGAAGAAAGUUGAACAAUGGCGACCCCCCUCUCAGUUCCCUUCAUGGCUCCUGUUAUGAUACAGUCAUGAUUUGACCAAACAGAUUACACUGUCUACAAUGUCCUUAUCCACAUCAAGUACUCACAUUGAAUUGGUUACUAAUUCUGUGAAGUCUUCUGUGAUUUCUUCCAUGAGAACAAAAAGUGGAAUUAAUGACCAUAAUGAAUGAACAUCAUAGAUGAAUAAACAAUUCUAAGUAGA